CCACCCCAUCAGUCAAAAUGGCCCCCUCAGCAACCGGUGGCAAGAAGCAGAAGAAGAAGUGGUCCAAGGGCAAGGUCAAGGACAAGGCCCAGCACGCCGUCAUCCUCGACAAGACCACUGCCGAGAAGCUCAACAAGGAUGUUCAGUCCUACCGUCUGAUCACCGUUGCCACCCUGGUCGAUCGCCUCAAGAUCAACGGCUCCCUCGCCCGCCAGGCCCUUGCCGAUCUCGAGGCCAACGGUCAGAUCAAGAAGGUUGUUGGUCACAGCAGCCUGAGCAUCUACACCCGUGCCGUCACCGCCGAGUAAACGUUCCGAUACUCUGAUUUCUCGCGGUUCUCUUUUUCCUUGUUACGAUGAUAUCAUUUCACAUGGGAAGCUCGGCUGGGCGUGAUGAAGUUGACGCCUGAUUCUCGGAUGUGUGGAACAUUCGUGCCCCUGGGCUUGUUCCAGGUAGAACGAAUCAAAUAAAAAAGUUACAAAACUUCAUA